AUGCAGUCGAACCACUCCGAACUAGAGUACAAGUACCCUACACACCUCGUUCCCCUUGCGAAUCUGUUCGUAGAGAAGGUUCAGUACACUCGAGAACCACUCAGAUCUCAUGUGAAUGACCCCUACACGCACUUUGCAUCGUCAUUACAACUUUCACACCUUUCCUGGUGCAUAUUUCGUUCUCGAUCCGUUCCGAUUAUUCCCGAGGGUAUGUGUUCUCAGAGUGAUGUGGGUGUGUAUUACGUAACAUGUACACACCUAUCC